AUGGAGGCCUUGCUAAGCCGACGCGACGAACAUGUCCUGGACAAGAUCAAGGACCCCGAGUCAAACCCUAUGACGGCCGUCCUGGUCGACGCCUCUCUUCCCAAGGACCCUGCCAUCACGGACAUGGCAGUGUAUGAACGUGUGUCGAAGAGGGAAAAGGAAAUCAUCUUGUCCAUGCAGCAGCUUGAGAUGCAGCUAGCCGGUGUGAAGGCGGCGCAGACGACACCAGAUGCAGUGCAAGGCUACAAGACUUGCAUUUCCCGUCUCGGCGAUCUGAUAUCAGACUUCCCACAAUACGCCAGUGCUCGCAACAACCGAGCCCAGGCACUCAGGAGACUGUAUGGCAAUGCGAUCUUGGUGGAGACCGCAGACCCGCAAGCUCUUGUAAGGGAUGCCAGCGCAGCUGAGAAGUCGGAGGCUGCCAUGACCGUCAUGGCGGAUCUAGACAAGGCCAUCUCCCUGUUGACGCCUCGAAGCCUCUUCGGGUCCAUCUCGCCGGUAGCUGGAAAGACUCUCUCCCUGGCGCAUACACAGCGAGCGGCACUGUAUCACAUGACGGCCAAGUGCUUCGCCGCCGGUCGGCUGGAUCUAGGAGACAGGCAGGAGCGAGGGUGGGACAAGAUAGAUUUUGAAGCAGCAGCAUCGCGAGACUUUGCGCUGGGUGGUCGGUACGGUAAUGAGAUAGCGAAGGGCCUGGCUGUUGCCACGAAUCCCACCGCGAAGCUAUGUGGCCAGAUAGUCCGUGAGGCCAUGAAGAAAGAGUACGGCCCCGCGUUCGAGGGAGUGUGA